AUGACAGAACAGAGUAGUGCAAUACACUCUCCGAGGAAUACAGAUUUUGAUGAAUGUAAUAGUUCUGAUGUAAACACAGAAGAAGAGCAUGAUGAUGAAGGAAAUGAACGAGAUAAAGAUGAAGAGAAUGAAAAUUUCCGCACACCUAAAGCCCAAAAAAGAGUCAAUGAAGAGAAAAUUAUUUUUAAGUCAAAAAAAAAGAAAGAAACAACUAUGUAUGAUCGGCUGUUAGCUUUAGAAGAGAAAAAAAUGGCAAAGUUAUCUGCAAUGAGCUCUACAAAUGACAAUAAUCAUUAUAACAACGACAGCGAUUAUAUGUUUCUGAUGAGCCUUUUACCACAAAUGAAGAGCCUACCACCUCUGAGAAAUAUGUACAUGCGACUUAAAAUCCAGCAACUAUUUAUAACUGAACAAGAAAUGCUGCUCAAAAUCUUGUCGCUACAUCGCUUCCUUCACCAUCUUCGUAUCAGUUUUCAACUAAUACUGUAUCUGGUAAUAAUACAAAUCAAAUGUGUCCAACCACCCUAA